GUCCCAGAGACUGAUAUUUUACACCUCACGAGUAGUCUCUCCCCCAUGGCCGACCUCCACCACCCUCUCUGAUGUAUAUAAAAUCCUCUUCCCACUUCCAUCACACUUCAAAAUUAAAAACUUUCUUCCUCCAUUCCGAAGCCCCCAAGCUCCCUUCCUAAUAUUUAGUUGUUAAUACUCGAAGAAGCAGACAUAAUGACUUCCUCCGUUCUUCUGAUAUUCCUCUGUUUCCUUCUCUUCCAACCGUUUCACCCUAUCUCCAUGGCAGCACCACCAGCAACAACAAAGACUAAUAAGCCCCUUAUUUUGCCGCUUAGGACCCAAAAGAUGGCUUCUUUAUCACUCCCUGCUCCUCCAAGCAAGCUCCUCUUCCAUCACAAUGUCAGCCUCACCGUCUCUCUCUCCGUCGGCUCGCCGCCCCAGAAUGUCUCCCUGGUUCUCGAUACCGGCAGCGAGCUCCCCUGGCUCCUCUGCGGCUCCAAAACAUUGCCUGCCUACCGUCCCCGCUCCUCCUCCUCCUACUCCCCCAUCCCCUGCUCCUCCCAUACCUGCCGCUCCCAGACCCGCGACCUCCCCAUCCCGGCCUCCUGCGACGCCUCUCGCCUCUGCCACGUCGCCAUCUCCUACGCCGACGCCUCCUCCUCCGAGGGCACCCUCGCCUCCGACCUCUUCUCCCUCGGCGCCUCCCGUCCCCUGCGCACCGCCUUUGGUUGCAUGGCCUCCGCCUACUCCUCCGCCGCAGGCGACCCUGCCGUCGCCGGCAUGCUCGGCAUGAACAGGGGCUCCCUUUCGUUCGUCUCCCAGACCAACACCCGCCGCUUCUCGUACUGCAUCUCCGACCGCGACUCCUCCGGAAUCCUCCUCCUCGGCCACUCCGCCCUCUCCUUCCCACCACUCAACUACACUCCUCUCGUCAAAAUCUCCCUCCCCCUCCCCUACUUCGACCGCGUCGCCUACUCCGUUCAAUUGGAAGGCAUCCGCGUGGGCUCCGUCCUCCUCCCCAUCCCCAAAUCCGUCCUCGUCCCGGACCACACCGGCGCCGGCCAGACCAUGGUGGACUCCGGCACACAGUUCACCUUCCUCCUCGGCGCGGCCUACGACGCCUUAAAAAUCGAAUUUCUUCGGCAGACCAAGGGCGUUCUCACCCCCUUGGGCGAGCCCAGCUUCGUGUUCCAGGGGGCCUUCGACGCCUGCUUCCGGGUGCCGGAGCGGCCGCCGCUACCGCGUCUGCCGGAGGUGGUGCUGCUGUUCCAGGGGGCGGAGGUGGCCGUUUCCGGCGAGCGCCUGCUCUACCGGGCGGCCGGAGAGCGGCGAGGAGGAGAUGGGGUGUGGUGUUUAACGUUCGGCAACUCGGACCUGGUGCCGCUCUCGGCGUACGUUAUAGGGCACCACCACCAGCAGAACGUAUGGGUCGAGUACGACCUGGAAAACGGUCGGGUCGGGUUCGCGCCGGUCCGGUGCGCCCUCGCGAGCCAGAAGCUGGGUGUGGUCCUAUAAUCAUCGGGAUUGACUCUUGAACCUUAUUUCUGGGACGGAUCCUACGCACUGCCGAUUCAUGGGACUCUGUGUGAUUAUCAGCUGACCUUGGCCGUUCGAUUAGUCUGUAAAUCCGCGGUGCUUGGUUGCUGGACGGAGACGUCGGCGCUUUUGGGUUCUGGUGAUGGAAGGGUUAUCCAAUGGUCGAGAUUGGUUGGUAGACUGAACAGGGGGAUCGCAUGGGUAUGUGGGCUAGCUUGUACAUAUCUUGCAAGAGAGUUGGAGGAGAGGAGCGUAUUUUACUCAUGAGUGUGUAUGGGAUACUUAUAGUUGCCACAUGCAGAUACAUAUUAUACUUUAAAUUUUAUAUAUUGCCUUUUGAUUUAA